CUCCGAGGGCUCCAUUUCCGGCUCCGAUCCUAAAAUCGAAUUUCGUAUAUCGAUGAUAUAUCAAUUGCUCAAUCGCCAAUUAGGUUUUAUCGCCAGAUCGUUUCUCAGAUUUCUCGAGAAAUUUGUAUCGAGAACCAUGGGCUGUUUCUUUGGAUGUUUUCGCGUCAGAGGCGAUACUUCUCGCUCUCAAUUCGUCUCCGCUGCUUCCACUCGCUCUAAAUCCACUGAUCGUGUUGUAUCGCGUAAUCGUUUAUCCUCUCUAUUCCUUGAUGAAGAGAAAGGAGGCUCUCGAUUUAGUGAAUGCGAAAAUGUUGGUUUCGAGUCUCCACAGAUUCGAAGGGGUCUCAGAGAUGAGGCUAACUUCCUUAAAGCAUGUGGUACUAUACUGGAGACUCCUAUAGAAAUUCGCAAAGCAUCUGAGAAGCUAAAGCAUUCACCUUCUUUUGAAGGUGAUUCAGAACAACCAAAGUUCCAUACCUGGCUUCCAAACACAUCUAUUAAGAAACUUCUGUCAGAGAGGCCAACUGGUCAACCCUCUUCUACAAUCAAACUCUAUGAAGAGAGGGAACUGAGUUUUUCAGAACAGACGCUCAGCAGCAGUAUUUCCAAUGCUGGAACCUGUGGAAGGAUCUCUAACUGUGCUGCAGAAGGAAAUGAAGAAACAAGUAUGGAUGCACCCCAAGUCAAGACUCAAACUAGUCAGACUGAUAAUGUUAAAACAUCAAUCUCUCCGUGGCCUCCAGCUACAAACAUUCAUGGCAAGACAAAGUCUGUGCGUUUUGAAUGUGAUGAUGCAUCUCCCUCUAUAGGUUCUUCACAUGAAGAUGCUAGCCAGGGUUCUAAGAAUUCAGUGUCACCUGGUAAACAAAGUGUAAUAAAACCCUAUCCCCACCCCACACCAUUAAAACUUUCAGAUGAAAUGCAGACACCUGGAACUGUUUAUCCCACAAAUGUCGAAGCCAUAGAAAAUGGAAAGACUCGUAUAAGGUCUCAAUUUGUUUAUUCAGUAUUGAACCCAGUAGAGGAUGCCUCUCAAUGGAAGGUACUGAAGGAUGAGCAGAUUGGUUCCAAAGAAAUGCUAGGUGAUUUAAGAGACUCUUUUGAGCAACUGGUUAUUGCCACUCCUGAGCCAGAAGUUGGGGUAAAAAAAGAAACAUCAAUUAGUGGGAAGGUGUUGAAUGUCGAAGCAAGUUUGUCUUCUUGGCUGAAGCCACAACCAAACACUCAUAAUGAGAACAAUCAAAAUCUUUGGGCUGCUUCAAGCAAUGUCCCUCAAUUUUGCAGAACUGGAGACAGGCCCAUCAUUGGGAUGGUUGCUGCUCACUGGAAUGAGAAUGAACGUUCCCAUAUCUCGCACAAGUGGUGGGAUGGGAAUGGAAUCCCAAAUUCAACCACUAAGUAUAAGGAGGAUCAAAAAGUCAGUUGGCAUGCAACACCAUUUGAAGAGAGAUUAGAAAAGGCUUUAUCUGAAGAGAGUUUAAUCACUCAAAGGAAGCAUGCUUACAAGACUCCAUUGGUUUUUGAUGAGGCGGAUGAAGCUGAUACUGCUAUUUCUCUUCUGCAACCUUCUGCGCAUUCAAAAUCGGUUGUUUCGGUCUGAUGCAUUGGGAAUUGCGUUUCCUUGUAUAGUUGGAUUGGCAAUUGAUAGCCUAUGAUGCAGUUUACUUGAUUCUCAAAAAAUGAAAUGCCGUGGCAGGUUCAGGUUGCCCUUCGGUUGUGUGCUCAGCAGCCUGUGACUGUUAAUACAAAGUUCUGGCAUUUGAGCUACUGCUAGGAUGAUUUGUCAUUGAUUUGGUGAUAAACUUCCUUAAACAUGGAUAAAUAUAAUGUCCAGUCUAUU